CUAGCCACAGCCGACUGCAUGCGUCACAUGUGAAGCAGAACAUUGACCCAUGUGUGCCGUUGGAAGGACGUAAAACCACUCAUCGGUUAAUAUGACUUAAACGUUUGGCUUUCUUCCCGAGCGCUUACCUAACACCGCUCCAUUGACGCUGGCCUUAAUUGGCUACCACUGAUUCACUCGCACGUGUCCUAGCCAGCAGUAGACCCUUAUUUCGCUUGAAAAUGGUAGACUCGGGCGGCGGGACAGAAAAGCCAGCGGCGAAGGAUGACAAGAAGGCAGCAGAAUGGCGUUUUCCCACCAAACGCAAUUGGCUGAAGCGCCUCUUCUUCCUGGAUGUUGACGGACUUAUCUUCCUCGGUUACCGGACACGGCUGGAGCCGGAACAUAUGUGCCCAGACCCCGCUGUCAGCACCAAAACGCUAAUCGAUCAGUUGGAACCAGCGUGGGAAGAACAGCUCAAGAAGCCAAAGCCGGACCUCAAACGCGCGCUUCUUCGCGGCAAUGUGGGCUACCUCCUCAUUACCGCGGUCUUGUACGCGAUUGCACAGGCCUGCUCGCUGGCAGGCCCGCUUCUUCUCCGACGCAUUGUCAACGGCCUGCAGUGCCAGGCGGCGCAGCGGAAGCUCUCGUUCGACAUCGGUUGCGAACCAAACAAGAAGCUCUACUACUACAUCAUCGGCCUGUUCCUGGCCCCCGCCAUCCAGUCGCUCUGCGAGAACCAGCAGAACUUCCUGCUGUACCUCACAGGCACUCGCAUGCGCAACGCCCUCAUGGCCGCCAUAUACCGCAAGUGCCUGCGGCUCAGCAACGCGGCGCUGCAGGCCGAGAGCACGGGCAAGGUGGUUACUCUCAUGAGCAACGACGCGCAGAAGCUGCAGGACGCCAUGUUCGCCAUCCACGCCAUGUGGGGCUCCCCCGCCUUCAUCGCGGCGGUGCUGGUGCUGCUGUGGUUCGAGGUUGGCUGGGCCACGUUUGUGGGUUUGGGCAUCAUGCUGGUGAUGGUCCCCAUGACGGGGGGUAUCGCGGCGCGGCUGGGCGGCAUGCGGCGGGAGCUCAUGAAGUGGACGGACAGGCGGGUGGGGCGCAUGAACGAGCUGAUCAACGGAAUUCAGAUGAUCAAGUUUUACGCGUGGGAGGAGUCCUUCCGCGCUGCGGUGGCGGAGUGCCGCGGGCAGGAGGCGAGCAUACUGCGGCGCUUCGCUUGGUGGCAGGGUGUGUUCGGUCUGCUGCUGUUCUACGGCCCGGUGGCGGUGGCGCUCUUCACCUUCGGCUCCUACGCCAUCGCCGGCCACCCGCUGAGCCCCGCCCGGGCCUACACGGCUCUCUCGCUCUUCUCACUGCUGCGAUUCCCCAUGUCCUUCCUGCCCAUGCUUGUCACCAUGAUCAUCAACGCCAUGGUGGCCAUCAAGCGCAUCGGACUGUUCCUGCAGCGGGACGAGGCGGCACUGCAGGCGUGGGACCCCGCCAAGACCCCCGCGGGCCAGGUGCUCAUCCGCGGGGGCUGCUUCGCCUGGGAGCAGCCGCCGCCCGCACAGGGGGGAGCAGCGGGGGCAGGCCCCGAGAAGGGAGCUGCGGACAAGGGGGCUGACAAGCAGGGAAAGAAGGGCAAGGGAGCGAAGAAGAAGAAGGGAGGCGACGAGACACCGGCCACUGCCGCAGCCGCAGCUACAGCCAGCGGCGACCAACCCCAGGAGGCCACCACCAACGGAGAUGCGGCGGAGACGGAGGCAGCAGCAGCAGCACCAGCAGAGGAGCCCAAACGGGCUACGUUGGAGGGGAUCAGUCUGGGUCCGGUGACCCCUGGGUCACUCACCAUGAUUGUGGGCGGUGUGGGCAGCGGCAAGAGCUCGCUGCUGGCUGCGCUGAUCGGCCACAUCGGGCGGGUGGCGGGGGAGGUGGAGGUGGGCGGCAGGAUCGCCUACGUGGCGCAGACGGCCUGGAUCAUCAAUGACACGCUGCAGGAGAACGUGUUGAUGGGCGCCCCGCUGGACCCCGCCCGCUACCGCACCGCACUGGAGGCCUCCCAGCUGGGCCCCGACCUGGCCAUCCUGCCCGCGGGCGACCUCACGGAGAUCGGCGACCGCGGGGUGACGCUGAGUGGCGGACAGAAGCAGCGCGUGUCCAUUGCGCGGGCCAUCUACGCGGAUGCUGACGUGUACCUGCUGGACGACCCGCUCAGUGCGGUGGACAGCCACGUGGGGCGGGCGCUGUUCGAGCAGGUCAUCCGCGGUGUGUUGCGCCCCAAGACGGUGCUGCUGGUGACCAAUGCGCUGCAGUACCUGCCGCACGCCGACAGCAUCAUGUGGCUGGAGGGGGGGCGGGUGCGGGCGGCGGGGAGCUACACGCAGCUGCUGGAGGCGGGCCUCAACAUCGCGGAGCUGUGCCACGACGAGGCAACCAGCAGGCGCCAGGAGGAGGAGGAGCGGGCCGAGGCCGCAAAGGAAGAAGACAGCAACCCCUCCUCCCCAGUCACCUCCCCCCCCACCACCCCUGAGGACAAGCCGGCGGCCCAGGCAGUAAACGCAGUGGCCACAGCGACCAUCAUUCCACCCCCCUCUGCUGCUGGUGCGGUUGCUGCGGUAGCGGUUACUGCGGGCGGCGAAGGUGCAAGUAAGGCUGCUGCUGCUGCUGCCCCCCCUGCUGCUGCUGCUGCGCACGAGGGCAAGAUCACGCUGACCCGGCAGGCCACCGACGCCAACCGCAAUCUGACGGGGCUGGAGGUGCGCGAGUCGGGGGCCAUCAGCGGGCACGUGAUCGCAACCUACUUCAAGGCUGGCGGCGGCUGGAUCUACUUCGCCCCCCUCCUACUCAUGUUUGCACUGGAGCAGGGUGCUCGCGUGUACACAGACACGUGGGUGGGCAACUGGUUCGGCGACAAGUACGACCGCAGCACUGGCUUCUACCUGGGCAUCUACUUCAUGCUGGGGGUGCUGUACGGGCUCUGCACGCUCAUCCGCGCCACCGUGUUCCUCUUCUUCUGCGUGCGGGCGGCGGUGUCGAUUCACAACCAGCUGCUGGACCACAUCCUGGCGCUGCCCAAGAGCUUCUUUGAUACCAACCCCGCGGGCCGCAUCCUGAACCGCUUCUCCCGCGAUACCGACAUCAUGGACGCCACCCUAGCCGCCUCUCUCAUCCAGUUCGCGGGCAGUGUGGCCACCUACAUCGCCAUCCUGGUGGUCAUUACCAUAGCCACCCACUGGUUCGGAGUGGCGCUGGUGCCCCUCACGGUGAUCUACUUCACCAUCCAGCGCUACUACAUCCCCGCAGCUCGCGAGUUGCAGCGCAUUGAGUCCGUCUCGCGCAGCCCCAUCUACUCGCGCUUCGCCGAGGCGCUGGCCGGCGUCUCCACGCUGCGUGCCUACCGCUUGGAGCCGCACUUCACCGCCGCGAGUGAUGGGCUCAUGGAGCGGAAUGCGCACGCGUUCGUGACUCAGAAGCUGGCUGCGGGGUGGCUGGCGUGCCGGCUGGACGUGCUGGGGCUGGCGGUGCUGACGUUGUGCGGUGCGCUGUGCAUCCAGGGCGGUAUCGACCCGGGCAUGGCGGGUCUGGCGCUCGUGUACGCGCUGGACCUCACCCGCUUCCUGAAGCACGGCACCAACAUGGCGUCCAAGAGCGAGGCGGACUUCAACUCCGUGGAGCGGAUUGCGCAGUACCUUACCCCCGAGCCCGAGGCCCGCCCCGACACCCCCCCCGAGGUGCUGUCCACCCUGCCCCCCGACUGGCCCCCCGCGGGCGCCAUCUCCGUGCAGCAGCUGUGCAUGCGCUACCGGCGGGGCAUGCCGCUGGUGCUGCGGGAGGUCAGCUUCGAGGUGGCGGCGGGGGAGAAGGUGGGUCUGGUGGGCCGCACCGGCAGCGGCAAGAGCUCGCUGCUGCUGGCGCUGUUCCGAAUGGUGGAGGCGGAGGGGGGGGCCAUCCGGAUUGACGGAGUGGACAUUGCGAGGCUGGGGCUGCGGCACCUGCGCUCCAAGAUGAGCAUCAUUCCGCAGGACCCCUUCAUGUUCAGCGGCACCGUACGGCACAAUCUGGAUCCCUUUGACAAGGCCACUGACGAUGAACUCUGGAAGGCUCUGGAGGCGGUGGGUCUGAAGGAGGCGGUGUGUGCGCUGGAGGGCAAGCUGGGUGCGGCGGUGGUGGACGGGGGCGCCAACUUCUCACUGGGUCAGCGGCAGCUGGUGUGCCUGGCUCGGGCCAUGCUGCGGAGGUCCCGCAUCCUGAUGCUGGACGAGGCAACCGCCAGUGUGGAUGUGGACACUGACGCGCACAUCCAGGGCGCGCUGCGGCGGCAGUUCGGCGCCUGCACCUGCCUCACCAUCGCACACCGGCUGCACACCAUCAUGGACGCGGACAGGGUGGUGGUGCUGGAGGCGGGGCGGGUGGUGGAGGACGAGCAGCCGGCACGACUGCUGGAGAAGGACGAGGGCCUCUUCACCUCCAUGGUGGACCAGACGGGCGGUACGGCAGCCAAGUACCUGAAGCACCUGGCGCGUACGGCAGCAGCGGUGCGCGCGGAGGGGCAGGCGGCGGGCGCGAGCAGGGAGGAGCUGCAGGAGCGGGUGAGGGCGGUGUUCGCCACCACCACCUCCUUUGCUGCCUCGGCGGGGAGCAGGCGGCAGCUGGGGGGCGGCGGCAAUACCAGCGGCGGGGGAGGCGGGGUGGUUGCGGAGGUGGCGCAGGCGGCUGUGCUGAAGGCGCAGGAGUAGGAGGCGGCUGCUGCCGGCAAGGAGGCGGCUGCUGCCGGCAAGGAGGCGGCGAGGAGGCGGCGGCAGGACAGACUAAGUUGGCGUGAACCAAGAGCGGCACCACGAGCGAGGCGAAGCGAGCACUGCGAAAGACUCCAAUGUGCAGUAAUGAAGAAGUGGCUAUCGCGUCGUGUCACGUAACUAUGUGAUGAGCGUGUGCCAUUGAUGACGGGGCGAGCUGAGGGGCGGUGGUGGAUGUGAAGGAGGAGGGGAGAGCUCUAGCAGUGCGAGACGGGGUGACCAAACGGAUGUGACCAUUGGGGUUGCUCUGAGCGUGGUUUGAGGGGUCAUGGGCGCGAACUCUCCAUUCAUACAUUGCUUUUAGCCUUUUUGCCGUUUCUUCGUUUGAUUUCUUGUGCGUUGCGUUGCGCGCCUUGCGAAAACCGCACCCCUGUUGUGUGGAAGUUGGAACGAGAUACUUGGCGUGUGUUCGGGGGUGAACAUCGGCACCCUGACUGCUUAUUGUGCUUACUGCGUAUCGGAGUUGCGACCUUAGUUGGGCCCUGUACAUUAGGAGACGUGAGGGAAGUCGAGGAAUGUCCAUGUACGAGACGGGGAGACGACGGAAGUAAUGGUAAGAAGCUGAAAGAGAGUAAAACCGCUUACCU